AUCUAUAUACCUGUGGAAUUACAGUAAGAUCGGUCCUAUUUCCAAAAUAUUUCUUACUAGUUAUUCCAAAAGUGACCCAAAAACCAUUUUUGUGGGGAUGUUAGGUCAGGAUUCAGGAGAAGACGUAACCUUCGAGGCUCUCUUCCGCAACAGUGCCGACGGGUAUGCCAGUGCAGAUCUCAAUCUGGACCAGGCGCUGCAGCGAAUCAAGGAUCGUCGGGAACAGGAGGCCCUGUACUUCAAGCUGUACAGCCGCGUCGAGGUGCAGGAGUGGCUCCUAAAAGAUUCCGUCCGGAAUAAGGCGUAUCGCGAAGCCAUAAUUGGCAACGAAUUGUUCCGGGAGAAGACGGUGCUGGAAGUAGGAUGCGGCACGGGUAUAUUUUCGAUUUUUGCUGCCAAAGCGGGGGCUAGCCGAGUAAUUGCCGUGGAUGGGGCCAGCAUAACCGAGUACGCACGGAGAAUAAUUCAGGACAACGGCUUUAGUAGCGUUAUUACUGUCGUUCAGGCGAAAGUGGAGGAAGUGGAACUACCAGACUCUAUCCAAAAGGUCGACAUUAUUCUUUGCGAUUGGAUGGGGCAGUGCCUUUUUUCCGAAAACAUGCUGGAAUCAUUGAUAUUCGCGCGGGACAAGUGGCUUGUGGCAGGGGGCUAUAUUUUCCCAGACACCGCCCAACUCUAUCUGGCGGCCAGCGAGGGCGGCGACAGGGAUAUCGGCUUCUGGGACGACGUGCACGGCUUCGACCUGGGAGCUGUCGGAAGGAGAUUCAAGGAGAAGGCGGCAGUGGAGCACGUGCACCCCAGCCAAGUGGUGAGCAAGCCGUGCCUGCUCAAGUCUCUGGAUCUCUACACCAUGCGUCGCCAGGCUGCCAGCAUCCGCUCCUUCUACGAGCUGAAGGUCACGCGGACUGCGAAGGUCCGAUCCCUGCUCGCCUACUUCGACGUGGGGUUCAGCAAGAGCCCGCAGCGCGUUAGCUUCAGCACUUCGCCCAGUGCCCCGUGGACGCACUGGAACCAAACUGUCUUUCACCUGGAGGAGCCAUUGCCCGUGCGGGUCGGCGAGUCCAUUAAGGGCGUGUUCGCCAUGCAGCCCAGUGCCGACAACCUCUUCGAACUCAAGUUUGACAUUUACCUGGACUUUGAGGGGAAGGAAAAGUCGAUCACCAGCAAGCAGUCCUUCGUUCUGACGAACACUGUAACCCUGUGUUGAGAAUGCUAAUUAAAUGCCAUUAAGAAAUGAGAA